GGUGAUAUCGAUCAAGAACUACCAUCCGAAGAUCCGGAUAAUCACACAGAUGCUGCAGUACCACAAUAAGGCCCACCUUCUGAACAUCCCAAGCUGGAACUGGAAGGAGGGAGACGACGCCAUUUGCCUUGCAGAGCUGAAGCUCGGGUUCAUCGCCCAGAGCUGCCUGGCUCAGGGCCUCUCCACCAUGCUGGCCAACCUCUUCUCCAUGAGGUCCUUCAUCAAGAUCGAGGAGGACACGUGGCAGAAGUAUUACCUGGAAGGAGUAGCCAACGAGAUGUACACGGAGUAUCUGUCCAGUGCCUUUGUGGGUUUGUCCUUCCCAGUCAUUUGUGAACUCUGCUACGUGAAGCUCAAGCUGCUGCUGAUCGCUAUAGAGUACAAGUCUGAUCAAAGGGAAAGCAGCACCCUGAUCAACCCUGGAAACCACGUGAAAAUGCAGGAGGGGACCCUGGGCUUCUUCAUCGCCAGCGACGCCAAAGAAGUGAAGAGGGCGCUGUUUUACUGUAAGGCCUGUCACGAUGACAUCACCGAUCCCAAAAGGAUAAAGAAAUGUGGAUGCAAGAAAUCUAAAAAUAGCUAUAAUGGAUAUAUCAAAUCAAUUGAAGAGGACCAACAGUCGGUGCUGUCGCCCAAAAAAAAGCAGCGUAACGGAGGUAUGAGGAACUCUCCAAACUCCUCACCCAAGAUCCUGAGACACGACCCGCUCCUCAUCCCCGGCAACGAGCAGAUUGAGAGCAUGGACGAGAACGUAAAGAAAUACGACUCCACGGGGAUGUUUCACUGGUGCCCGUCCAAAGACAUCGAGAAGGUCAUCUUGACCCGCAGCGAGGCGGCCAUGACGGUUCUGAGCGGUCAUGUGGUCGUGUGCAUAUUUGGCGACGUGAAAUCGGCCUUGAUUGGUCUCCGUAACUUCGUGAUGCCCCUGAGAGCGAGCAACUUCCACUACCACGAGCUGAAGCACAUCGUGUUCGUCGGUUCCCUCGAGUAUCUGAAGCGGGAAUGGGAAACUCUUCAUAACUUCCCAAAAGUCUCCAUUCUGCCAGGCACGCCGUUGAGUCGGGCAGAUCUGAGGGCUGUCAACAUCAACCUCUGCGACAUGUGUGUCAUCCUGUCAGCCAAUCAGAACAAUAUUGACGACGCAUCACUGCAGGACAAAGAAUGCAUCUUGGCGUCGCUCAACAUCAAAUCCAUGCAGUUUGACGACAGCAUUGGGGUCUUGCAGGCUAAUUCUCAAGGCUUCACACCACCAGGGAUGGACAGAUCUUCUCCUGAGAACAGCCCGGUCCAUGGAUUAGUCAGGCAGACUUCUGUCACCACUGGAGCCAACAUUCCCAUCAUAACGGAGCUCGCACCAUUAGCAAAGCCAGGCAAAAAAGUGCCUGUGAUUUCAUUCAGUCAGGAUAAAAGCAGUGGGACCAGCAUACAAAUGAUAACUGAGCUGGUGAAUGACUCAAACGUUCAGUUUCUGGACCAAGACGAUGACGACGACCCGGAUACGGAGCUGUACCUCACUCAGCCCUUCGCCUGUGGGACGGCGUUCGCAGUCAGCGUGCUGGAUUCCUUAAUGAGUGCAACAUACUUCAAUGACAAUAUCCUCACCUUGAUCCGGACGCUGGUAACAGGCGGGGCGACACCGGAGCUGGAGGGGCUGCUGGCGGAGGAGAAUGCAUUACGAGGCGGCUACAGCACGCCACAGACCCUGGCGAACAGGGACAGGUGUCGCGUGGCACAGCUGGCCUUGUACGACGGGCCCUUCGCCGACCUUGGGGACGGUGGUUGCUAUGGAGACCUGUUUUGUAAAGCCCUGAAAACAUACAACAUGCUGUGUUUUGGCAUCUAUCGGUUACGAGACGCACAUCUCAACACACAAAGCCAGUGUACCAAACGGUACGUCAUAACCAAUCCACCGUAUGCAUUCGAGCUGGUGCCCUCGGACCUGAUAUUCUGCCUGAUGCAGUUCGACCACAACGCCGGCCAGUCUCGGACCAGCCUCUCCCACUCCUCCCAUUCGUCCCAUUCGUCGAGCAAAAAGAGCUCCUCCGUCCACUCUAUCCCAACCGCCAACCGCGCCAACCGCACGAAAAGCAGGGACUCGAGAGACAAACAAAAGUAUGUGCCCCUCUAAAGCUCUCUGACUGUCUAUGUCCGUGAACAGUGCCUGCCACCAGUGUUGUCCUGUGUGUCCGGACAGGCUGUAACACGUCUGCUUGUCGAUGUGUGUAUGUUCGUCCUGGAUGUCUACGUGUCACUUGUAUGUCUUAUUUUGCAUUUAGCAACACAGUGCAGUCCGGAGUGGUUUCCCCUCUAACAGGGCACACAGCACAGGUCACAGUGGGAAACCACCAGGAGCCCCACGGACUGAGCUUCACUUCGUUUCUGUCUGUUUUUUUUCCAUUCUUGUACGUUUUGAUGCCAAGAACGACGGUAAUCUUUUACCAAGGUUGUGGAUAAUUCUAUCAUUCUUGAGUGUUGCGAAAUUCCUAUUUUUUUUAAAAGCCAUUUUUGUCAUGAUGUCACGUUUAUUUUUUGAUUAUGAAUGUCGGAUCCAGAAGUCCUGCUCUGCAGUUCAAACGACAUCCUGAGUGAGUCGAGUGCACGUGUAGAUGAAAACGUCUACAGAUAGAUCUGGACCAAUUAAAGGUGGAGUAAGCCAUUCCUCACAAAGUUUUGUUGAUAUCUGAACUCAACAGCCAAACAGAUCCACCUUCAGACGCCUCGGCACCCAAGUUCACUGACAACAACAUCUAGGCUAGUGGACCAGAAGAGAAACAUCUCAGUCCUGUAGGCAUAGAAGAGGAUGAUGGUUUACCAGCUGUCUGUGUUAACCAAGGUCUUCUCCAUCAGGCUCUAACCCAUAAAAGGAGGCGUGUGAUGCAUCAUUUGACUCUUCCUCGACACAACAUGGACCGAUCGGGUGCCGCCCACAUCAAUCAAGAGGAAUGAGUCGUUAUAAUGGAGAGCUAUGUGGAAUAUUAGAAAGUUAUUACAGCAAAUAGUUCUGUUACUGCAGAUAAGGCAGGAGACAAAUGCAGGAAACGAGCCUUGCUGGCAAAGUAGGACCAAGCAUAUAAACAUAUUUAUGCAUUUUCUGCAUCAUCGACUGAAUGCAUGGAGGAUCUGACGGCGACGCGACAGCUACGGUGCAGCUCAGUAGGUCUGCACAUACAACACUUCCACUGACGAUCUGUAUUGCUAACCCUAAGCCAGUUGGCUCGCCUUCGAAACCCUAACCGUCGUCUCCUCUGUAGCAGGUUAGCUGUGUAGCAUUAGUUACCAUAGUGAUCCAGCCAGGUUAAUGGAAAUCUGAAAUCUCCGGCUUAAGACCUAACAGACCUUCUCACUUCAGAGUAUAACACCUCUCCUGUCCACUUGGGAUUCACAGGGUUGUUCUGUGAGCAUAUUCUAUGUCUGUGCACAAGCAUGAGCGCCUCCUGUUGCUGGUUGGCUGGAAUAGCAUCGUGUCUCUUUUCUUCUCCCAGAUGUUUUUUUAUUGCACACACUGAAUGGAUCCCUGGCAGAUCGUUAGAGGUUUGAUUAGAAUGGCUUACUCUACCUUUAACUGCUGACCCUGGUUUAGUCCAAGUUUCACUGAGUAUAUUUUAAAUAAUGAUUCAUUUCAAUUUUGAUCCUAGAAUUUUUUUUCUCCAUCAUUGUCACUCAAACAGUCGUGUUUGUUUCACUACAGUGUCCUUACCUGUACACACAGGCUCCUUACAGUGUGAGACGGGUCAGACAUGUGGAGGAUCGGCCUGGGAAGCAAACACAGUGUUGGUUUAGAUGUGUGAUAUUGGCUAACACAUUAUACAACACAGCAAAGUAGGACCCCACAGAGAAAGAACUUGACUUGUGUUAAUAGCGCCCCCUCUGUCGUGAAGCUCGCCGGUCUCUUUACGUCACAGCAUUCCAGUUCUGCUCUGCUGAAACUUGCAUUUGUCUCAUUUUACAUGAAACCUUAUUGAACCUGAACUGCACUUUGAAAUGACGUGUUUAAAGGUUCACACUGUGUCAUGUUCAUAAAAAGAUUGCACAUCGUGUCCUCUUAAUGCCUUUUGAUGUCCAUUAGAUGGUAUACUUUAUUUACAUGUUAUUUGACACCAUCGAGUAUUAAUUAUGUCAGAAUAUUUUGCAAGUAGGACCUGUUGCAGUCAUUAAUAAACUUUGCACCCAAAUUAUAA